AUGGAAGCAGACGAUCUCGACGAGCAUGACAGCACUUUCGGCGGCUCACGAGCCUCGCUCGCCAGCAGCAGUACUUCGUUGCAGUCGGCUGUGACCAGAUAUGAGUACGAGCAUGGCCGGAGAUAUCAUGGCUACCAGGCUGGGCAAUACUUCUUCCCGAACGACGAGCAGGAGCUUAAUCGUAUGGAUAUUGAGCAUCAUAACCAACGCUUGCAGAUGAAUGGAGCUUUGCACCUAUGUCCGGUGCCAAAUCCUACAGACAUACUGGACUUGGGCACAGGGACUGGAAUAUGGUGUAUAGACAUGGCAGACAGGUAUCCAAGCGCGCAGGUCGUGGGCACAGAUUUGAGCCCAGUCCAACCAGACUGGGUACCCCCAAACUGCAGCUUCGAGGUGGAUGAUUUCGAACUCGACUGGACCUGGGGAGACAACCGCUUCGAUCUCAUCCACCACCGCCAUCUGAUCGGCUCGAUCAGCAACCACGCCCACUUCUACAAGCAGGCCUACAACGCACUCAAACCCGGCGGAUGGAUUGAAGUGGUAGAGAUGGAAGCGAAGCUCUACUGCGACGAUGGCACUGUCCCGCUCACCUCGGCCAUGAAGAGAUGGGGUGACUACAUCCAUGAGAUCUUUGAGAAGAGCGGUAGACCGUUCAUCCCAGUUGCGCAGUAUAAGACGCAGCUGGAGGAUGCCGGGUUCGAGUGUGUGACCUAUGUUGAGAUGAAGAGGCCGACGAAUGACUGGCCGAAGAAUCCGAGGAUGAAGGAGAUUGGGAAGUUCUGCGCUCUUAACUUUCUUGAAGGUCUCGAAGGCUUCACGAUCAAGCCUUUCGUCGGCGUUUUGGGCUGGUCGCAGCAAGAGGUCACUGUCUUUCUCGCACAAGUGCGCGCGGAGUCAUUGAGGAGGAGUAUGCAUGGGUACAUGAAGUCCUGCGUGUGUUAUGCUCGGAAACCGCUGGCGCCGUCGUACCACUGA